AUGUCCGUGACGGCAGGCAAGAAGGUGGAGUUUGAAAAAGACAUUCAACGCCUACAAGGGCUACGCACCGCGCCGAACACAGAAAAGGACGCUGCAUCAAGCGAGGACAAAGAGGAGUAUGUGCUGGUGGCUGGGUGGGAGAGCCGAAAGAUGCACUUUGCGAUUGCCGACACGGACAUUGGCCCCAAGUUGACGGCGUUUACGAGCCUGCUCGAAGGCCGGGAGUCGCGCCACGACCGACGGCUGUUGUAG